AUGACGGCAGCUUCACCAUCUCUCUCGUGUCAACAGGUGGACAACACUUUGCAGGUUCCUGCCCUGUCCUGUCGCGGGGGAUUCGACUUCUCUUUGCUUUUUGAGGAGCUCAUUCUGGGGAUCUUGCCCCUGGGGAUCGUCCUGGUUCUUGCAUUGUUUCGACUCUGGCAUCUGUUUCGAAGACAGCGCAAGGUCGUAGCAUCGUGCUUGUUGUGGACCAAGAUUAUUGCGUGGCUUGCCUUAGGCAUCGUACAGUUGGUCCUUACCGUUUAUUGGGCCCGUCCGUCGGCCAGCAGAACACGCGCGUCGAUCGCAGCAAACGCAGUCACCACUGCGGGGAUCUCUAUCCUUUGUCUCCUCUCUUAUGCAGAACACAUUCAUUCUGUGACGCCAUCCUUUCUCUUGAAUGUCUAUCUCUUCAUCACCCUGCUGUUCGAUGCCGCAAAGGCACGGACGUUAUGGCUGCGCAUCAAUGGCGGCGUCGACCUGCCCCUCGCCAUCCUGACUUCGGUCACGGUGGGGAUCAAGUGCCUGCUCUUCGUCCUUGAAGCCAUCGAGAAGCGACAUAUCCUCCGCAAAGAGUAUGCGGGGUAUCCUCCCGAAGCCACUGCGGGGAUCUUCAAUCGGGCCUUCUUCGUGUGGUUGAACCCAUUGUUCCACCAUGGAUUCUCGAGGCUGCUCGCCGUUGAGGAUCUCUUCGAGCUGGACAAGCAAUUGAGCUCAAAGCGGCUGCACAAUGCCUUGGAGACUCGCUGGAACAAAGUCCCACGGAAGGGUUCAAACUCACUCCUGUUCUUAUGCUUCAGGGCAUUCAAAUGGCCGCUGUUGUCGGCUGUGCCUCCUAGAGCGUGUCUGGCUGCGUUGAACUUCUGUCAGCCAUUGCUGCUGCGGCGAUCGUUACUCUUCUCCACGCAGCCGGUGACCAGCCAUACCAAUAGCAUUGGAUACGGUCUGAUCGGCGCUUAUAUACUUGUUUACACAGGAAUGGGUGUGAUGAUGGGCCAAUAUCAGCACCUAACGUACCGCGCCAUCACCAUGGUGCGAGGAGCCAUCGUCUCGAUGAUCUACAACAAAGCGAGCAGGCUGAGCGUCAAAGAUGCCGAUCCUGCUGCAUCUCUCACCCUAAUGAGUGCAGACGUCGAGAGAAUCGUCCAAGGUUGGCAGACCAUCCAUGAUAUCUGGGGCAAUGCAGCGGAGAUAGCCCUCGCCAUCUACCUUCUGGAGACACAAUUGGGCGUCGCCUGUGCUGUCCCUGUAGGAGUUGCAGUUGUGGCUCUUUUUGGUUGCAUGAUAGCCUUAGCGUUUGUAAUGGCUAGGCAGGCGCUCUGGCUUGAAGCUAUUGAGAGGCGCAUUUCAUCCACUGCUUCGAUGCUUGGCUCCAUGAAGGGUGUCAAGAUGUUGGGUCUCAAGUCAUCCAUCAUGGCGAGUGUCCAUGGCCUGCGACUGGACGAAUUGAGCAUAUCCAAGAAGUUCAGAAAGCUCCUCGUCUGGAAUAUGGCUCUCGCUUGGACAACUCGCAUUUUCGCACCCAUCUUUGCACUCGGGGCAUUCAUUGGCAUCUCGCAUGCUAGAGGGCAGGAUUCUGCUUUUAAUAUGUCCACGGCGUACACGUCCCUGUCGCUCUUUGCGCUUCUAUCAGACCCACUACUAAACCUAGUCAUGGCUCUCAUGACAUUCAUUGGAUCUGUUGGUUCUUUCAGGCGAGUUCAGGAUUUCCUUGAGAAGGAAGACCAUGUUGACUAUCGCCAGAGAGCUCCAGACGCUUCUUACGAUAGCAUUGAGCCCAAGCCGCUGAUGCUAGUGGACGAUUCGGACGUGAUGACAUCUGAGUCCGCUUCGGAUCGAACACCCAAGCGAGCACUGUCAUCUUCGUACCACGAUGCACUCAUCGUGCAAAAUGCGUCUUUCGGCUGGGAUAUUGAGCAGGAGCCGCUCCUCAAAGACUUGACAAUCACAGUACCGCGAGGAAGCUUCACUAUGAUCGUUGGACCUUCUGGAUGCGGCAAGUCAACUUUGCUGAAAGCUAUUCUUGGCGAAGUGCCAUGCGUGAAUGGGACACUUGAUCUGUCCUCAGAUAGUGUUGCAUUCUGCGAUCAGACACCGUGGCACAUGAAUGCAAGCAUUCGCGAGAGCAUCACCGCAAUGUCAAGCUUUGACAAGGAGUGGUAUGCAUCCGUUGUGCGGGCGUGCGCUCUGGUCCCAGACUUUGAGCAAUUACCACGUGGAGAUGAAACGGUAAUAGGAAGCAAAGGUAUUGCUCUGAGCGGAGGACAGAGCCAACGUAUUGCGAUUGCAAGAGCAGUAUAUGCCAGGAGAAGUAUUGUCAUCCUUGAUGACGCCUUCAGCGGUCUGGAUGCAGCCACAGAGGACUACAUUUUCCACAGUCUCGUUGGCAUCUACGGCUUUCUCCGUGCGCUUGGCUGCACGAUUAUUGUUGCUGCAUCGUCUGCAAAGAGACUCCCUUAUGCGGAUCAUAUUGUGGCACUCGAUAAGACAGGCCAUAUUUCGGAGCAAGGAAGCUUCAAGGCCCUCGAUCUCGCGGGAGGUUACGUCUCCAGCUUUGCUCUGGGCUCACCAGAUUGGAAAACGAAAGUCGACAAGCCACCCGUGGAGGAGAAACCUCAAACCAAGAUCAAGUCAGAAGGCAAAACAGAGGUAAUUAAAACAGACCCACGAAGGCAGUGUGGCGACCUAUCCAUCUAUCUGUACUACAUCCAGUCCAUCGGCUGGUUCCCCACGGCCGUCUUUCUGGUGUCGAUCUCGGCCUUUGUCUUCUGUAUAUCAUUUCCAAGUAUCUGGGUUAAAUGGUGGGCGGGCGCGAAUGAGGUUGACCCUAAUGGUCGGACUGGAUACUAUCUCGGGAUUUAUGCAAUGCUCGGCGCUGUCGGCAUGUUUGCCCUGAUCGUUGGCUGCUGGGAGAUGGUGAUCAACAUGGUGCCAAAAUCCGGAGAAAGCUUCCAUAGGAGAUUGUUGACGACAGUUCUGAGUGCACCCAUGUCAUUCUUUGCUGCAACGGACAGCGGCUCCAUUCUGAAUCGCUUCAGUCAGGAUCUGCAGCUCAUCGAUAUGGAGCUUCCUGUUGCGGCCAUCAAUACCUUUGCCACUCUGAUGCUCUGUCUCGCUCAAAUGAUCCUGAUGGGCAUCGCCUCCAAAUACGCGGCCAUUUCAUUCCCUAUGGUGCUCCUCGUUGUCUACUCCAUCCAGAAGGUAUACUUGCGGACAUCGCGCCAGCUUCGGUUCCUGGACAUUGAAGCCAAGGCACCACUGUAUUCUCACUUUAGCGACAGUUUGAAUGGUUUGGUGACGCUCAGAGCGUUUGGCUGGCAACAAUCUCUGGAAGAGAAGAAUCGCGAACUCCUCGACUACUCGCAGAGACCAUUCUACCUUCUGUACGCCAUCCAACGCUGGCUGACCCUGACUCUGGACAUGGUCGUGGCGGGGAUCGCUGUCAUCCUGAUCGUUCUUGUCGUCACACUACGGGGAACAAUCAGCGCCGGCGACGUUGGAGUGGCUUUGCUUAAUGUGAUUUUGUUCAGCCAAAGUAUCAAGCUGCUGAUCACGUUCUGGACCAAUCUCGAGACUCACAUUGGUUCCAUCGUGCGUGUCCGCUCCUUCACUGAGAACGUAAGCUCGGAGGACUCGCCUUCGGAGAAAGACGAAGUGCCUUCCAACUGGCCGUGGGGAGGAGAUAUCGAGUUCAAAUCAGUUUCUGCAGAGUACAGACCCGGUGAACCAGUUCUCCGAGAAGUAUCUCUGAGUAUCAAGGCAGGUGAAAAGGUCGGAAUAUGCGGAAGAACAGGCAGCGGCAAAACCUCCCUGAUAAUGAGCAUCUUCCGCAUGGUCGAGCUCAGCGGCGGAAGCAUCCUCAUCGACGACAUCGACAUCACACGCAUCCCCCGCCAAGAGAUCCGCUCUCGCAUCAACGGCGUCGCGCAGAGCCCGCUGCUGAUCAAGGGCACCGUCAGGCACAACAUCAACCCGACCGCCAGCUCCUCCGAAAAGGCCAUCGUCGAGGCCCUCAAGGCCGUCGGCCUCUAUGCCAAGGUCCAAGAAAAGGGCGGCCUGGACAUCGACAUCGACGAAGUCUUCCUCUCCCACGGCCAACAGCAGCUCUUCUGCCUAGCGCGGGCGAUUCUUCGACCGGGUAAAGUCCUCGUCCUCGACGAGGCAACAAGCAACGUCGACUCAAAAACAGACGAGAUCAUGCAGCGCGUCAUCCGCGAGAAGUUCGGCUCGCAUACCAUCCUCUCCGUCGCGCACAAGCUCGAAACCAUCCUCGACUUCGACAAAGUCGUCGUCCUCGACGCCGGCCGCGUCGUUGAGUGCGGGAAUCCGUAUAGUCUGCUCGCGGACGAGAAGACAUAUUUCAGCAGGCUGUAUGCGAGUGCGAUGGUGGAGGAGGGGGGGGACUCGACUUGA